UUGCGCCUUUUUAGCGGAAGCGGAUUUGAACAAACGUCACUUACGACAUUUUGUCGUCCAUCUGUCUUUUCCGUAAAGGACAGAAACAUGACGGGGUUUAGCGAAAAGGCUAUCCUAAUCGAUGGCAGAGGCCAUUUGUUGGGCCGAUUGGCGGCAAUCGUCUCAAAGACCCUCCUACAAGGCAACAGAAUCAUUGUUGUAAGGUGUGAACAACUGAAUAUUUCAGGAAACUUUUUCAGGAAUAAAUUGAAGUUUAUGUCCUUCCUUCGUAAAAGAUGUAAUGUAAACCCAGCCCGUGGACCUUUCCAUUUCAGGGCCCCAUCUAGAAUUUUUUGGAAAACAGUUAGAGGUAUGUUACCCCAUAAAACGGAAAGGGGAAAGCAAGCACUUCGUAGAUUGAAGGCCUACGAGGGAAUUCCACCUCCAUAUGACCGAAGGAAGCGUGUUGUAGUUCCGGGAGCAUUAAGAGUAAUCUGUUUGAAACCUGGCAGGAAGUUCUGUCACGUUGGUCGUCUGUCUCAUGAAGUGGGAUGGAAGUACCAAUCAGUUGUGCGAACUCUAGAGACCAAACGUAAAGUUAAAGCAGUUCUGUCUAUCCGUAAGCGUGACAAACUUAAGAAGCUGACCAAACAGGCUUCCGAGAAAGUUUCCAAGCAAGUGAAACCAUUCACAGAGGUGAUUAAUUCGUAUGGUUAUAACUAAAUUGUAAUUUAAGAGUCCAAAUAUAAAAUUUAUUAAUA